CACCAGGGCUACACUCAAUAAUCUCAGCCAUGGAGCUUGGAGCAGCUGCGGACAGAGCACCACGGCAUCAGGGAAAAGGUAAUUUUCUAACCAAUAGGAAUAAAAGCACAACUAUCUGCGUGGAAGGGAACAUUGCCAGUGGGAAGACCAGCUGUUUAGAGUAUUUCUCAACUACAGAAAACCUUGAGGUUUUGAAGGAGCCUGUAGAAAAAUGGAGGAAUGUUCAGGGUCACAACCCACUGGCUUUAAUGUAUCAGGAUCCCUCCAGGUGGGGAUUAACGUUACAAACCUACGUACAAUUAACAAUGCUGGAUAUGCACACCAGGUCAUCGACCUGCCCUGUUAAAAUGAUGGAACGAUCCAUUUACAGUGCCAAAUAUAUAUUUGUGGAAAAUCUGUAUCGUAGUGGGAAGAUGCCUGAAGUGGAUUAUGCAGUUUUAACAGAGUGGUUUAAGUGGAUUACAAAGAACAUUGACCUCUCGGUUGACCUAAUAGUUUAUCUCAGGACAUCUCCUGAAACCUGUUAUGAGAGGUUGAAGAAGAGGUGUAGAGAAGAAGAAAAGGUUGUACCGCUGGAAUAUUUGAAUGCAAUCCAUAAUCUCUAUGAAGAAUGGCUGAUCAAAGAAACCUUGUUUUCAGUCCCAGCACCUGUACUGGUGAUAGACGCUGAUAAGGACUUGGAGGAGAUGAUGCAGCACUAUGAAGACAACCGUGGAAAGAUACUGUCAAUGUGAGACGGUAUAAUGUACAGGCUUAAUGGAAGCUCACAACAAGUCAUGGCUACUAGUAAUGACAGAAAACUGAUUGCCUUUUGCAUUCCAGCUUCUUUAUCCCAAAGUCUUCUCUUCCUCAUCCAACUCUCCCUGGUGCUUACGGCAAUGGAAAUCUUAGAAUAUCGGCUGCAUGGAUGGCUCUUUAUUAUGGAACAACUUACUUGUGUUAUUGAUUAACACGGGCCACCGUCUAUCUGGAUGAAGACACAUCUUAGAGGUUGUUCUGCACUUAAUUUAUUUGUAAAUAUUUUUUUU